UGACUUUUUACUUCUCAGGAUGGAGUUAAAUACUUUGCUGAGUGGAGCUCAGAUCGAUGUCCUCUCUACGGUGUACAUAGUUUUACUCACUCCCAGUGUGAUUGGGAGUUUCUCCGUCCUGGUGGUUUCCAUAGCAAGAUGGCAGCAUCUAAAAGAGCAGGUACACCUCCUGGUGCAGCUUGCUCUCGCCGACCUCCUAGCUGCUCUGAUCUUGAUGUCCACGAGUGUCAUGAACAAAAUACCGUUUGACAACAGUAUAGUCAUCUGCCAAUACGGCCUGCCGCUGUCACUGACAUUUUAUUUCAUUUCAUUCCUGCUGGUGGUCGUUUACGCCUGGAAGUCAAAGAAUGCGAUCCAAGGAUGGAGAGAAAGACCAGCGGAUGAUGAUCUGAAUACAUGUCGAAGACCAGAAAUAGUCAUACCUGUGUAUGCCAUUGUGUGGUUGAUCCCACUUGCACUUUACUUAGCAUAUGUGCUCACUCCUUUCAUGAAAGCUACUUUGCUGAUUCCAGCUACCAGCAGCUUGCCAAAUCGGGUCUUCAGUAACGAUAGCACGUACUGCACCAGUUGUAUUUUGUUCUUGCACGUCUGGAGGGAAUCCUGCUCAGAUGUUGAGAUAAUCCAUGACGUUUUCAUCAGAGCUUUUCUUUUCAUUGUGGUGAUACCGGUGCUGGUGUCUUGCUCUAUUAUUUACUAUAAGGUUGGUAAGUGGUAUGAAAGACGAGAUCCGGAGGGGCUUUUUCCAGUGGAGGGAGAUGGGCGUUCAAGAAGAAGAAUGAAAAGAGCAAUUUCUACCUCAAGGAAUAUGGUGACAGUCAUCCUAAUCUGCUGGGCACCAGCGCUUUUCCUCAUCCUGCUAUCUACCUUGUUGAUGAGAACAAACGUUGAACAAUACAGUUUAUUUGGUAUUUAUAUGAUACAGGCUGCCAGCGUGUCUCUACAAGGUUUCCUGAACAGCAUGGUGUACGCCUGGAGAAGGCCCAACUUCACAGAGGCUGUUCUUGGGGAGAGCACACCCUUGGUGGCCUAUAAUCACAUGCCCUUUUUUGAUGAGUCAUUGAGGACCUCGUUUUAAUGCUUUGGACUAUAAACACAUGGAUGGACCAUGUCGUGCUGCAAUACAUCAUUCUGGCCUUAGGAGCCCGGUCUGCCUGCACACUUUGGACUGAAAGGAGUUUUUUUGUGGACUGAAGAUGAAAAAACACCGAACAAAGUGAUGAAGGAAACUCAAAGACUUUAAACAAGCUGUUG